AUGGCGCGAGACGAUUCAUACUCUCGAGAGUCGGCCUUUCCCGUCAUGAAAAACCGACUGGGGGAAUCUGGAUCGCUUCAGCGUCCUACAAAGGCAAGACCAGGCAUCGAAACUGGACGGGCUGCCUCCUAUCAUAUCUUUCCGUCUCGAGAUCUCAACCCUGAUCAAUUCCCCUUUCCCGAUCUUGCCGACAAUUCGAAUUCUCCAGUCAACCUCAAAAAGCGCAGCUCCAUGGCUUCAAGCAUGGCCAUGCAUGAUACACCGGGCGAACAACCGUGGAAUUCGGAACAGCAGUUGAUGAAUACUUCUGAAAACAUAUCCUCCGAAGCUCUCGACUCUCGCCCUCACAAGAGCAAAUCAAUAAAACCUAAGGUCCAUAUCAAACCCAUUCUGCGGAAACUCUCCCGGGAUGAUCCCCCGUCGACCUCGAUCGAUCUAUCGCGAUCGUCUACUGACCAAGAAGGGUUGGGCAUUUACAUGAACUUCGAGCGGGAGCGCCCACGCAGCGGGUCCCUCACAGGUGUGACUUUUAAAAGAACACCUUCUGGUCUUCACAAUCGAUCUACCAGUGGAACAUCACAGUUCUCAAAUGGAUCAGGCUCGACUGCGAGCAAGCCCGGAUCCCAGUAUGUGCAUCCCAUGCGACAGACGCCUCGAGCGUACACUCCACCAUUAGGCCAGUCCUACGAGGAGUCGAGCCAUGAUAGCGAUGAACUGGCCGAAAGCCCCGAGUCGGAACCUGCGUCUAUCCCAGAAACCCGUACUUCUUCGGGCCCGGCCCUACCCCGGCUGUCAUUGCAGAUCCAAGAUGAUUCUUUUACCCGUCUCCCCGGGAUUUCACAGACCAAUGUGACCAGUCGACCGUCCUUUGGAUAUUCCCGGGAGACUGAUGGUACUGCAUCUCCGAUGUCCAGAACCUCUCUCGACUUCGUUUUCCGAUCCCGAACCCGAACUAGCACUGAUCCUAUCUCCCGUGCAGCCACAGUUCAGGCUGCCCGCCAGGCCUUUGAGGAUAAAGAAGCCGCCAAAAACCGCCGGCUUGAAAAACAACAGAUCAAAGCCGAAGAGAGGGGCUCCCGGCGUCGCUUGAAGCGACACAUGUCGGAAGAUCCCGAGUCUCCCGUACAGUCUAGGGAGGAGAUCUCUGAGAAACCCCAAAGAUCCGUACAUGUGACCCAAGAACCGUCGGCCUCGUGGAAAUCCCAAUCCAAAAGCACAUGGGUUCUCUUCAUGACUUGGCUUCGAACUCGAGUGUUCAAACUGCGACGUAAGAUCAAGAAACUUCAUUGA